AUGCUAAAUUAGCAUUUUUGUGAAAUUGACGAUGAUAUUUCUGAUGCUACCUCUUUUGAGGAGUCCAUUUAGAAGAGAUGCAUGACGGCUCCUCCAAGACCAUUAACCGAUUUGGAGGAAUUUAAGAGGUAAAUUUGUUAAGAAGUAAGAAGAUCAGAAGAAUAUGAAGCCCUCGAAAAAGCAUAUAGAAGCCAAAGCCAAUUGAUUUAGAGAGACUAUCAGAAAUACGAUUUAGACAAUCCAGAAGGAUAACAUAGUUGCAAGAAAUUUCUAUACCAUCUUGAAUAUAUGUGUAAAGUGUAUAAAGUGAAUGCAGUAUCAAGGGAUUAUAGAGACACAUUUUCAAAAGCUUACAAAAUAUUAUACACUGAAGGUGAGUUGUGUUACUUGACUGAAAUUCUUGAUAGUGCUUAGGAAGGCUUCCCAUAUUUGUGGGUUAAUUCAGAAAAAUAUGCAUUUUCGGCUGAUGUAUUGGAAUCUGGAGUGCGCUUGGUGGAGGCUUUCUAUAAAGUCUAACAUGUCAUCAGAUACACGUAUUCUGGGACUGGACAAGAGAGUCCCGAUUUCUCUUCUUAGAAAUUGAAAGCUGAAAUUCAAUUAUUGUUAGAGAACUUCGAUAUAAUUUGGGUCAAUUUUGAGAAAUAUUAUGUCAAGGAGUUAAUGCAGAUAGAAGCAGAAGCAAGGAGGUUUAUACUAAAAGCAAUAGAAAUAGAUAAAGAAAUGAUCUCGAUUGAGGUGCGCGAGAAAUUGAAGGGAAGAAUCCUUGUGACCUCUGAUAAUUAUCUACAUUAUAAAGCUAAAUUAUGCAAAGUGAUAGCACAGAUUAAUUCGGUCGCUAAUGUUGAAGGUAAAGGCAGAGAUGAUCUCGGUGUAAACAUCCUACUUGAAGCAGAAGGUAUAACCAGAAGAGUCACUCGAGAGUAAUCUUAGGCUGUUAGAAAUCUUGCUGAUAGCAUCAAAAUGAAUUUCUCGAAGUUCAGAGAACAGAUGAGAAGAUAUGAACGUAAUAUUGAAAUGGUCGAUCCACAAUUAAAAAAUAAUUAAGAAUUAGUUGAAUUAUUGAUUGAAUAUGAAACAUAAUGGGAAAAAGGUUUGAAUUAUUUAUUGGAUCCAAAGAGAUAUACACAAUUAAUGUUGUUUUCACAUAUUAUAGAAACAACAGCAGAGAAAUAUCAACAAUUCAAAGAACAAUUAGAAUGCAGAGAUAGCGAUAUUUUUGUAGCAAUACCAUGUUUGAUCAUAUUAAAACACCUCGAAGAUGAAGAUCGCAAUAUUUGUCUUUACUUCUUACCUAUGUUAAAUGAUACCUCCUCUAAAUUGCAUUAAUCAUUUAUGACUCUAAAGCAAGAAUUUCAGACUUGGAGAAGACAACAUUCAAAAUCAUAUGAAUACUAUAAUAUUAUUGAAAAACUGCUUCUAGGAAUUCCGUAAUAAUAGUUUUCUGAAGUGGAGUCAAAUUAAAUUUAGAAGAUUAUGCAAAAAAUUAAAUUUCUUUCAAUGGAACUACAAAGGUAUAAUGCUAUAGAAUGGAAUUAAUUCAUUGAUGCUGCAAUAAACAAUAAUUGA